AUGGCCGUAAUCUUGACCUCACCUUGGCCCUUUCCCGCAGCAGCUCAAGCACAGCCUUUGCGUUUGAACAAAAAAGCAGAGGCACAGAGAAUCUGGGAGCAGCAAUCUGCUCAAGUCUUGCUGUACCAGGGAGCACCCGGGCCAGGGGGUGCUGGACCAUCCUCUGGGAAAAGCACUUCCAUUCGACGACUUUGCAGGGCAAAUGAAUUGGACCCCUUGCAGUGCCAUUUGCACGAAGGGUUCACAGCGAAGGACUUCAUUGAAACGGAGAUUCGAUCAGCCAUUUUUGCUGGGCAGUUUCGGCAGGUGGCCCUCCACAUUGACUUAAGUGCAUAUAGCGACUUCCAGGUAGCGAAGACCUUUUUAAGGAAUCUACUUCUAUGCCAAGUUCUCUAUGAUGCGAGCACAGGCCAGAUGGUGUCAAUCCCCUUGGAGUCUACUGUGCAUGUGGAGAUUGGUGCAUUGGCUGGAAAGCGUGAUAUUCAUGCAUUGAAGUCCUAUGCCACAGAAGAGCUGCUCCACUCCAAGUUCCCGGAAGUCCCAAUUGAUCAGCUGAACCUGAAGAUGAUCUAUCCGAUCCUGGGGAUCCUUGGCAAGGACUGCACCAAUGAGGUGAGGAAUGCUCCGCUGCGAUGUGGCGAAGAGGCCUUUGGUGAGGUCCCAGCGCUAGAGGACGAUGAUGUGGAGCUCUUAGGUGUAGCGCAAUCGACGCAAGCGACGCAAGCUCCAGUGCUGGCAGAGAGCCCUGCAGUGGCGCUUCGCUUGAUGCAUGCCUUUCUUCAGCCACAUCCCUUAGAAGGGCUAGGUGGUCGCAAAUUGAUAGACAUCCGUCCGAGUGAGGUGGAGCAACUUCAACGGCUGGCCAACUAUGGUGGACCUGAGCUUGAGAAGCUGUUUCAUGAUCUAAGUCCCGGUGGCUUUGAGGUGGAUGUGAGGCGCUUCCCAGAUCCUCCCAAUGCCGAAGGCACCCUGCAGGCGUUUGCGAGUCAUUUUGGGCUGUUGGUGCGUCAAGAGUUCACCAAAGCUCACGAGGACCUGAUUCUCCGCCGCGUCUCGAUCCUCGCAGCCUUCAUGGCUAGAUCGUAUCUCUUCAAGUCAACGGAAGAUCCCUCCGUCAUGCGCAUUGGUUCGCUUUUGGUGGAAUGUGUGGGUGUCGGACUGAAGCAACUCAGCCGGGGAGAAGAGGUUUGUAUUCACUUCGUGCCGCCUUAUACCGGGCGCUCCAGCGAUGAUUUUCAAUUUUUUCUGCCAAGCCUCUCAUGGGAUGCAGAGAGGAGUGGACAAUGUCCUCGUGGCCCAGCGUGUGAGUGCAACCGAGUGAGAAGGCAGUUGCUCCAACAGCUUCCAUGUCAAGUCCUCACCGUAGAUCCAUCGCUGGGCAUGUCCUUGGAGUCGGCCUUGGAGGACGAGAGGCAAGGCGUUCAGGCCUUGAGCUGUGCAUUCGGCAUCGAAGCCAGACAGGUUCAGGAGCUUUUGGAGCACGAAGGCUACAUUCUCACACGCGACUUCACGGGCCGAAUCUUAGAGCUCCUAGCACGCUGGCGGUGCCGCUUACCGGUGAUCCUGGUGGGCGAGAGCGGGACUGGGAAGACGCGGGCCUUGGAGCUGCUCACCCUGCUGCUGUUGGAAUCCCAGCAGGUCCGUCCCAACAUCCCAAAGGAUGUCUACGACUACAUGAGGAACAAGCUGCGCCGGGCGAAAGAUCAGGCUUCAGCUGAUCCCGUGGUCCAGGCUGUGGAAAACGAGAUGAACGUGUUGCUGGAGGAAGGCUUCACACUACAGGGCUUCAAGGAUCUCCUGACUAACCCCGUGCUGUACCGCCAGAGAGCCAUGGAUGGUGAGCGCAAUUUGCAAGCGGCUUUGUUCACACGUGAAGAGCUCGUGCGAGAGAUGUUGAAGAAAGUUGAAGUGUCCCCUCGCUUCGACAUUGGACUGCUGCAUAUGCUGCUGCGAAUGGGGAGCGUUCCUGAUUUGGAGGACAUUCAGAGGAGCAAGGACAGGUGGAGGAGAAUGGAUCAUGCGGCAAAGGAGCAGGAAAGAUCAGGAACGACCUUUGAUAUCUUUUGCAGGGCGGCUGGUGGUGAAGGAGAUUUUGAGGUGAAUGACCAGGCCGUGCGACUUGCCUGUGAUGUGGUCGCAUGCUUGCCGACCAACCAGUUCUUCUUCCGAGUGCAGGUCCAUGCAGCCAUGACAGCAGAGCAGAUCCAGGAGCAGCUGCAGCCGGCCUUAGAUGCCUGUCGCAGAGAGCCUGAGAUGACAGUCGUAGCUUUUCUCGAUGAGGUGAAUACAUCCUCUUGCUUGGGAUUUGUCAAAGCCAUCUUGUGCGAUCAGCUGUUGGCUCCGAAUCCAAAUCUCUUCCUGGUCGCUGCGGCGAAUCCAUACCGGGAAGAAGCAAGUAAGGAAGACCUGGUGCUGCGAGGUAGCGCCACGGUCAUGCGCGACUUCUUCCAGGUGCACCCUCUUCCACCUUCCCUCGCGGUGUAUGAGUGGAAGUGGCGAUCUUGUUUGAGCUCGUUGACUGGGCAGCGCACUGCUGAGGAAGCUGACGAAGAACGCUACGCGCUGCUUUUGCUCAGGAAAAUGACCCAAAGACAUGCUGAGAUGCAGAUCUCUGACCAUGACGCCCUCCUCUUUGCCGCUGCCAUCGCUGCUGCACAACGCUUCAUGCGUGACAAGCUGGAAUCCAGCUCAGCUGUGUCUCAGCGUGACGUCAUCCGUGCGAUCCGCCUUUGGAGAUUCUUCUGGCAGCGCCAUGUCCUCAACAGUGACAGCGCCCCGCGAGGCACGCGCCUUCGAGCAAGUCGAGCACUGUUGCUCUCGUUUGGGAUGACCUACUACGUCGGCCUCAACAGCGAACAGAGAAAGCUCUUUGUGAAGACCAUUUGUGGUUACUUUGAAGAGAUCAAGGCAGCCGAAACCAGCGGAAGCGUGGAUUUGCCAGAGGUGCUGGAAGAAGAGAUGUCCCUUUACAUGGAGCAUAUAGACCCCGGUCCUGGCAUCGCUUUUACCAAAGCGCUCAAAGAGAAUGUUUUUGCAAUCGUCGUGGGCAUUGAGUGCAACAUCCCUGUGAUGAUCGUGGGGAUGCCUGGUACAGGAAAGACCCUGGCAGUGAAUGUUGCCACCAACGUUCUGCGCGGCGACAGAUCAGUGCCUUUCUUUCGACAAUUCCAGGAUGUGGCGAACUCCGUUUUCCGGUACCAGUGCUCCAAAGAGAGCACGUCGAAGCAAAUUCACGAGCUUUUUGAGAAUGCUUUGCGAUUCAAGCAGCAGGCGGAUUCGAGCACGCGCAGGUGCCCUGUGGUUUUCAUCGAUGAGGCAGCACUGCCUCCUGAAAGCAUGGAGAGCCUAAAAGCCAUGCAUUACUGGAUCGAUCAAGGGGAACUUUUUUGUUGCGUCCUUGCCAACAAGCCUUUGGAUGCGGCCAAACGAAACCGGUGCCUUCAAGUCUUCCGUGAUGAAGCAGAUGGUGAGGAUCUGAAAGUCUUGGCGGCAAAUUGCUUGGGCGUUUCUUUGGAGGAUCCCAGCUCUGCCGCCGUGGUGUCAGGCUUUUGUGGUGCCUUCCGUGAGAUAUCCAGAGGUCAAGAGAAAGGAAGCCCUUUGCGCAUAUUUCACCUGCGAGACUUUCACCAUUGCCUGAGGUACCUGCGGCAACGGAACUUGGUGCAGGGGGGCUCCGUGAGGGCUCGUGAUGUCUUGCACAGCUUGGAGAGGAACUUCGGUGGUUUGCGCCCGGAGGACUUCCGAACAUUGGCGGGCAUUGUCUUCAAGCACUUGGAGGAUGCCACAGGCGGGGCGGUCUCGCAGCCCGAUUGGGCCACCCUCCGGUCCACCGUGGAUGUGAUCCGAGAGGCUUUAGAGGAUCUUCCGAAGCUGGAGGACGUGGACCAACCUGACUUCGCACCUUGUCGCUACAAGCUCUUGAUCGAUGAGACCGAGGACGGCAGUGGACUCCGGAUCCUCCGGUCCAUUGGCUUGCUGGGUGGAGCUCCAGUGCUGGAAGUCUCGGAUUUGCAAACGGAUCGCAAUCAGCUGCACCGGAGCCAGAUCGUCAACGAGAUCCGACGUGCCGCUGAACGGGAAGGCACCUGCAUCAUCACCGACUUUGAUGAGGUUCUGGAUGGCUUCUAUGACUUGCUGAAUCUUCGUUUCCAGCGAAUUCAAUUGGGAGACCAGAUGAACCUAGCUGCAACUGUGGCUUCUGGGAGCUAUUCCGUGCUGACACCUGUGCAUCCGCGUUUUCAGCUGGUGGUUUCGAUCAAAGCCUCUGAUUUGGAACAAACACCCUUGCCUUUUCUCAACCGCUUUGAGAAGUUCUAUCUCACGCUAGCGGAUGUUGCUAGCUUCAAGGCGUUUGAUCUUUGCCACGGCCAAAUCAGUCACCAGAUGCUUCAGAAUUACAUACUCCAACCUGUUCGAGACCGCCUUGAGGAACUGGUUCAGCUCAUUGGUCCCGCCAGUCUGAUUGGCUAUCGGGCGGCGACCAUGGACUCAGCCAUACUUGAAACCCUACAGAACCAAGAGGUGUCAGAAGCUCUGGUGAAACUCGCUGCCACUUGGCAGGAUAGAGGAAGCAUAGCAGCAAGAGGUCCGCGGAAAUUUGAGUCGGAGUCAACUGGCUCUCUGCCUGGCGAUCUGUCAGAGCGUCAAUUGGCAGAUAUCCAGCAGCAGAAGGCUCUCAGCAGAAUGCGCUGUCAUGGCUUUCAAAAUGCUGGUAGCACCUGCUACCUGCAAGCAUGCCUUGUACUGCUGACUUUGCAUGAGAAUCUAUGGCUCGGCAAAUCUGACAGUACCAUUUCCAAGACAUUGCAUGAUAUCAUGAAGAGGUCACGCUUGAAUACCGUCUCGAUGGAGCCAGUGAUGUUGCUGGAGCAAGAGCUGAAACAAGUCGGCAUCGUUGCAGGACGCCAGCAAGAGGAUGCAGCCACGACGUUGGAAGGCUUGUUGGACCACUGUGGCGGUCUGAAGUUGCCCCUGCGCACAGAGACCCGUGCUUUGCCAAGCCAUGACUUGGAGGAUGCAGCGGUGAAGGUUCUACCUCAGGCGGAGUCCUCUGAGUAUGUCUUGCGCGUUCCAUUGCAGGGAGUGCCCCGCUUGGAGCUCUUGCUCAGCGCGGCAGUGCAGGCACAGGUCGCUGCAGACACUGAGCUGGAGACCGAGACUGGCACCCUGAAGCUCCCUGCAGGCUCCGCGCUGCGCAUGAAACAGCGCUUGGAGGGUCAGCUGCCGCCACGGCUGCUGCCGAUUUGCUUGGAGCGCUGGAGCAUCUCUGGCUCGCUGAUGCAGAAGAACCAGGUGCAGCUCUUUGUCCCACUUGAGGGUCUUGAGCUUCCACUGCUGGCACCUUCACAGGGAAGAUUGCUGGUGGAGAGCUCUGAGUGUUGGACCUACAAUCUUCGAUCUUUUGUAGUUCACAUAGGCCGUACCUUGGACUCUGGCCACUAUGUGACCUACUGGCACUCGCAAGACGGAUGGAUCGAGAUCAACGAUGCGUCGGAGCGUUCGAUCGAUGCCACCACAGCGGAGCGCAAAGCUGGAGAUGCAUACUUGCUGAUCUACGAACUGGCAGGAUAUCAAGGUGUUCGCACUUUAAGUGGCCACAUACCAGGCAAGCAGGAGACUCUGCGACAGCACCAACUUGAUGCUGUCGCAGCCAUUGCCUUGGGUGCUGCCGGGCGAUUGAUGAACCUUGCACCAUCUGAGGCUGUGUUGAGCAACAUGAAGUCUCUUCCACAGGAGUUACUGAGAGGCUACGUAUUGCGUCCUCACACAGGCCUGGGAUCCUUAUUGACCCACAUGGCACACAUGGAUUGCGUGGACCGUGGACCUCGCUGCUUGGUCUUCACACGCGAUGUGCUCGGGCUUCACGAUCCGCUGCAACGGGAGGACGCGGAGAUCCAGGCGAUGCCACGAAGCCGCCAAGAGGCGAUCGCCUUGUUGGAGUCAAGGCGCGGCAAAGGGAAGCCGCUCAUGGUGCUUUGUCGCUUGGGUGCUACCAAUGGGGGGGAUGUGGAGUGCACUCACCGUGGCAUUGAUCAGCUCCGACGCUUGGCUGAUGAUCGCGACGUCCAGGGCCUCGUAGUGGUGCUUCUGCUGCCGCCCUGGAAACUACAUGUAGCAGCUUGCUAUCAGGCGGUUUUCAUGCAGUCCUGGCAGAUCUUCCACCUCGACAGCUUGGAUGAUUCCGAAUCUCCAGGUCUGGUAUCUUCACUCCUUGAGCGCUCGGAGGAGAGGAGCUCCCCCAUUUUACACCACGCUGUCUCAACCGUGCCGGGUGGCUCAACCCCUGCAACACCGUCCGGUCACAGCUUCACCACUCCGGUCACCACUCCGGUCACAGCGUCUGUGACAGCUCCGAUCCAUUCAUCUGCCGAGCACGCGGAGCUUUACCGGGAUCUGUGGACCGCGGUGGGAUACCUCACGCCCUCAGAGAGCCUCCGAAGCUUUGCAGAGGAGUGGCUUCAUCCGGCCGCGGCCUUUUAUCGAGCCGACGCAUCGCUUCAACAGCGGGUGGAGCCCUUGUGGGCCUUGCUCAGCAGCCCAUCUUUCAAGGUGCUGCUGGACCAUCUCCAACGGAUCCGCUCGGAAGGCCUCUAUGGUGUUUCCUUGGAGCAGGAGGCCACUGUGGUCGCACAGGAGAUCAUGGGCAUGAAGGUGAACCAGAAUCGGCCGAUGCUAUGCUUGCAGACGGUCGUCCGAAACAAAUGCGUGGAGAAGCUGGUCUCUGUUCUGGCUGCUGCUCUGCGGGUCUUUUGUGAUCAAGGUGGUCUGAAGCAGCUGGUGGAGCUGGGCAACGAUGCAGUAUCCGUCACGGAAGCAUACCUCCAAAUGCGUUUUGCAUCACAAGAUGCAUGGCCUGCGAAGCUGACAGCGGUAUUCUUGAUGCCAUCGUCCAACAAUCAGUACUUGACUUGCUUCGCAGAUUUGUUCGAAAAACUGCAAGAGUGCUUUCUGGACGUGAAAGCCGAGAGCCCGAGCAGAGAGCUGCAGGAAAUGCUUCAACACACCACUGCGGCGUGGUCCAAGCAUCCCUUCUGCGAAGUCUCUGAGCGGGUGGCCAACUCAGGUGCGAUGCACGCGUCCUACUGUUCCUACCUGGCCGAGUGCUUGGGCCUCCCAAAGAGCGCAGCAAAGCUUUUGUCCAAGGAACGAAGUCUGCCUGCCGUGCAUGUUUUCGCUUGGUACCAUCGUCUUGAUCUUUCAGCGCUUGGGCUGCUUUAUCAGGAUGAGGUCCUGGAUGACAUGAUUCAGGAUCUCCAGCUUGAUCAGAAUGGGAACUUUGGGCAACAUUUGGCCGAUUUUGUCUUGGAGUCGCUGGAGAAGCAGCUGCGGGAGGUCAGCGAAGGUUGUCAUGCAAAGCAGCAGUUGGACUCGUGGCAUCAUUCCUUCGAAGCAGCCAGGGCAAUGUUGAGAGGCCGCCUUGCUCUGAGCAACAAGCUCAAUCAAAAGCUGGGACUUCUAUCCUUCUUCAGCGACCUCAUUCCCUGUCUUCUCCUCCACCCCGGGGGCGACCGCAUUUUGUGCCAGCUUCUGUCCGAGGAUCCUCGGAGCCGGGGAGGACUGCAGAGGAAGUGCUUGAAGACCUUGGCUUCUCAACUUCGUGAUGGCUUCCAACCUAAUAGCAAUGACCUCCAACCUAAUAGCGAUCGUUCAACAGUCAUUUGCAGUGCUCGGAUUGCUUUGCAGCACAUCUUGGAAGAUAUUCUUUGGCCGUUGCGACAUGCUCGGGACGAUCAUGUGGCGCGAACCUUUGAAGAUGUGGUCACCUUUGUCUUGGACAUCGUGGAUAAUCAUGGCUUGUUUGCGGGCUGCUAUGAUGUUGUCACGCCUGCCUUAGGUGCGUCAGCAGUGCAAGCACUGCUGGAAGUGAUACAGCAAAAAUUGGACACUCAUCCACAACUGAUUCAGCUCUUCAGCAAAAGCUUCAGUCAUCGUGUGCAAGGCUGCAGUUCACAGGUGGAGCUGCCGCUGUCCUUGCAUGUUUGGAUUGAGUGGCCGCAGCACGACAGGCAGAUGAUGUCAACUGACCUGCCAAACUUGUUGUAUCUCGCUUUAUGCACUCCUGUUGGCCGCGAGUUGCUCAAAAUUGCUGAAGGAGCUCUGGCCAGAUUUCACCUGGACAGAGCCUCGAGCAGUGGAACAGCAUCUGGAGGCAUCUCCUUUCCUUUGGUGAGAUCGGUGGCAUUUUCUCAUCUCCUCCUGGAUGAAGUGGCAGCCAUCGUGGCCAACGGUCAGUGGACCUCGGAGGAGGCGAAAAACAUCCUGCAAGAUCUUUGUAGCUUGGGGAUCAACACACCAGAGAUGUUGCUCUUCUUCGAUGCCCUUGUUUCUCAUGCCGGUUCGACCGCUGCGGCCGGCCGCGCGCUGCGCCGCUUGCUGGACGUACGCUCGCCGCACAGCAACGCGGAGCUGAGCGACUGGGCUGGUGCGCUGGAGAAACCGGAGAGAGGCGCAGGAGGUGUCGGCGAGGACCCCUGGGACGACCUGCCGGUGAAAGGAAUGCCGGGCUACGAGGAUGAGAAACGUCGGAGACAGCGCGAAGAUCAGGAACAGGAGCGGCUGGAUCAACUUCAGGUUUCACAGGGUGGGAGACAUUGCCCCCACUGCAAUCGAGUGAUCCAGCAGAAUGGCGGCUGUGACCAGAUGCUGUGUGGAGGCCAUGCUCACACCAACCCUUUGCAUCGGGAAGGUUGUGGCCGUGAAUUCUUUUGGUCGCAGGCCCGUCCCUAUCAACCCAGUGUGCUGGAAACACGACAGCCGCCCGGAUUUUCCGCCAUCGCCACCUGGCUCAUGGACACUGAUGACUUCAUCUCCGAUGUGGCCGACCGUGCUGCCGAGGUGGCGUUGCAUGGCUUGGCUCCGGCGGAUCGGCGCUAUGCCUUUGCCAAUGCAGCAGCCUGUGUCCUGUUGAAGCGUGGCCAGCAGAAGCCCAACUUGGCCCAGGCACUAAUGUCCAAGCAAAGCCUUCAAGCGACGCUGGGAUUUGAGGAUCCCAGUCUGGUUCCAGUGGCAGGGAUGCUUUGCGAUGCCUCUGCCGUGUCUGCAUCCAAAAGCCUGACUGCCAGUCUGCUGCUGGGCCGUGAUGGCUGGGAAAGCACCGUGGGCACAGCUCAGAAGCUCCGAAAUACGGUGGUGAACCUGCUGGUGGCAGUUCUGGGAGGCCCCGACAACAAUCACCUGAGUAUGCUUUUGCUGAAACCCUUGCAUAUGAUGAAUACCUUUCCUGUGGGCUUUGUAUUUGGAGAACUACCAGGACCCGAAGGCUAUCAUUUCGAUUGUGGUUGUGUGCUGGACCAGCAAGGGCGUGCCUCUCGCAACCGACCGCCCUUGGAAAACACCCACCUUCACUUUGUGAACUUCUGCAGCUGGGCGAUGCUCUCGGUGGGACUCCUGAUAUUCCCACAAACACGCGCGCAGAUCCAGGAGGUCUUGACGCUCAGGUACAUCCGAGAAGUCGAUCCUGAGGGGCUUAGUGAUGUGGCCGACGUGGCUUGCAGCUAUGCCAUGAACUUUGCGCUUCGCUGCUUCGAGUGCGUUGGACUGUGCCAGCAGCUUCCGGAGGAUGAUCGAGCCCUGUGCUUCUUUGAGCUCUUCCACCGGUUUCGUCAGCGUGCAGUUGGACUCCAUCCUGCACUUGCCAGAACCUUUGCUACAUCAGACACACGGCAUGUCUAUGAGGACUUCUGGAAGACCCUGAUCGACCAAGUCCUGGAGGAGCUUCCGCAACUCCGGGAGGAAGUUUUAAGAACUUCUCAGGCUCAAGAGCAGCUCUUGCAUUUGCAGGAGUUCAGAGCCUCCAGGAGCUACAUGCAUCGCUUCUUCCGAUCCUUUGAGCUCUGCAGCUUGGCCGUUCCCACCGCUCCGGAGCUCUCCUUUGUGUCUGCUUUGGUCACCCGUCAGGAGCAGCUGGCUCACUUGCCCCUUCUGGGGCAGAUUGUCGUGAUUCAGAACUGGAUCUCCGACCGCCUUCAUGGGAUCGUGCCCGAAUCUUGCUUGGAUCAGCCUUUGGUAAAGCUUGUGAAACAGAAGCAGAAGGACGCGGAGGAAGAGCGCCACUGUAAAAGAGUCCUCUGCCACUUCGAGAGUUUUGUGAAGAGCUGGAAGCGAUUCUAUAGGGAGAACGAGGGCAGACUUCCGGUGGAAUGUCAAGCUGGCCGAGCUGCGCUGGGUAUGGAAACGCAAGACUCAUUGCUCGAGGCCAUUGAUGAUGAAGAUGAUGGGACAAAGCUGCCCUUGCGCUUCUUCGUGAAUGGAGAUGAGAAGUGUCAGUCACAGGUUGUGGCCGAGUAUCUUUGCAGCUUGUGGAAUGAGAUGAUUGCAGCUGCUGCCGCCGUGCUCCGAGAGAGUGGCGGAAACUGUGAGCUCUGGGCCGGACGAAUGGAGAGGUCGAUCCCUCUGGGACUGGCUGACCUUCUCUUCCAAGACCAAAUCACCGAAGCCCUCAAGUCCAACGCCUUUCUCCGGCGCAGCAUCCUCCGGCACCUGCGCGGGGCGCGGGGCGUGAUCGCACCUUUGGUCGACUGGACCGCCGUGCAACAGGAGAUCUUGAGCUCUGCCUGGGUGCAUCGUGUGCAGAAGUUGGACCUUCCGCCCUUCUCUCGGUUUUGGCCUCGACCUGAGACGAAGGCUGUCUCCUUUGAUAGCACGGCGCCGCUGGAUGCAGAGGUCGAGGAGAGGGUCAUGGAGUUUCUGGCGCAACUGCCCCUAGUGGAGCUUCAGUCCUGCAGAGAAGAGAUCGCUCGAAUCAGUUUGCAUGUGGGUGACGCCGAUCCACGGAAGUUGGUUCUGGAGAUGGAGGAGAUCAGCCAGCUGAGAGCAGUACUGCCUGAGCAGGUCACUGCCUUGCUUCGUGGCAUUCGGGUCGGGGCGCUGAACGGGCUUAGAGAAAUCCUUGACCAGGAGAACGGGGAGUUCAGCCACCUGUCCAAAGUCUUCAUGGCAGCUCCACCCACUGAGAUUGACCUCACUGCGUCGCUGGCGCGUCACUUCCGGAUCCGGACAGAGGCCACCCGCACGGUGCAUGAGCUGGCAGGCAGGGAUGCCGACCUGCGGGAGACGAUCACCAACCUGGAGGAGAGCGGCUUUUGUGCCCAUUUGCUGACUUCUCCCAACACUCCAUUGCUGGAGGUCUACCAGGCAGUGUUUCAAUGCGAGGGUGUUCUCAGCCAAUUGCCCUGUCAGAUUUUGGGUUGUCACUUGGUGGCGGUGCUUCAAUCCCUGCGGGUCUUGCUCCGUAAAGUGCGAGCCCGGAAGUGCGCGUUGGACCGCUGCACCUGCUGGAACCCUCGGGAAGGGAUCCAAGCGCUGUCCAGUUGGGCAGAAGAUGAAUCCAGAGGUCCUUGGUGGGAAGACCCCGCAGGAUCAGAAGAGGUGACCAAUGCGGCUGAAGACGUAGCUAUAGUGACCCUAGCCCCAGAGACCAUGCUGCCAUGGGUGUGCUGGGCAUGUGGGACAGAAGAGAUUCCAAGUCACUUGGUACAUGCACUGGACCCACAGCUACGACACGUUCUGGAACAUUGCGGCUUGAAAGUGGAAGAGAAAGCUAGGCCACCAGGAGAUCCUCUUGAAGCAGAGAGGAAGCUGAGCAAGCUGUUGGAUCUCUUUGAGAAGCAGGUGAACGAGUUCGGAACGGUUAAGAACUCCAGUUGGCAGAGCUCCCUCUCGGUGAAGGUGGCUCACUUGAGGACUCUGCUGGACUACAAGGAAUGCUGUCGAGAAAAGCUGGAUGAAGAGCUCUGGCGUCUUGCAUCCUCAAGACUUGGACUUCAGGGCGACUGCGCCCUGCGGGGCGCCUGGCGGCGCUUCGUGGGGGGCUUCGCGGCCCAUGCCUCGGAGGAGCUGGAGGAGGCUGUUCGAAGAGUGGUGGAGCUGCCGCUAAUUGUGUCUAUCAUUAAGGAUGCGGAGAAGUAUACUUUGGAAGGCAGCAAGGUCUUGCUCCGCUACAAGAACCACUACUACCAGCUGGACUUGAUACCUGAGCCCCAAGCUGAAGCUGCAGAUGCAGGAUCCAUUGAUGAUCCUCUCCAGGGCGAGGGCGUCGCCGAGCCGCGGAGCUUGACUCAGCGGUUUCUCCGGUUUUGUGCGUCGAUGGCGGACCGUUCCUGUCGGAAGAGGCUUGCUGAGAAGCCGAUCCAACAACUGGAGGAGGAGAGUGGCGGACGAAACGAGGGAGCGGCUCUCCAGAAAGAGGGUUGCUGA